AUGGCUGAGGAUGAAUGCAAGUACGUACCUCUGUGGACCCAGGGGGUGUGCAAUGUCAGAGUGGACCUUCCUGCAGCAUUUUGUGGAGAUGGACGUAAACUUUUCGCUACCUGGAUAAAGCAGUUCAAAGCGGCGGUCCACGCUCAGACCCGGGGUGAUGGAAGGAGCUAUGCCGCGUCCUUAUCCGCUCUGCUGCCCACCCGGCUUGAUGGUGCAGCGUUUCUGUUGUGGGACAGCCUGCCCUCGUCUGUGCAGUGUGAUUUUGAUCGGGUGAAGGAAAAACUCAAUGAGGCUUUUGGACAGAAGCAGUUUUUGCUGUACUUUCAGACGUGUGUCUCGGCUUGUCCCCGUGGGGCAAGCGAAAGCCUGGAACUGUACGCUGCGGACCUUUCCCGGCUCGUUGCUGAAGCUUUUCCGGAGUAUAGCACAGAAUGUGUGGCGGAUUUGGCUGCAGGUCCUCUGCUCGUGAGCAUCACGUGGAGUGCAAUCUUCGUGCACCGCGAUACGGAUCCAGGAAUACCCGGGAGUGCUCCCCACAGGUGCAGGAGGAUCGUGGCGCGGCGCCUGAUUACCCUGAUCGCCGUGAAGAGGACGAGACUCCCCGGAGAGGAGAGGAUGUUUCUCCGUGGAGCCAGAGUGGAGACGCGGUGUGAGAUUUCUGUCACCUGCUCGGCGUUCACCUUCUUGGCGUUCCCCUUCUUGGCGUUCCCCUUCUCCUUCUCCAAUCAGACGGAACCAGGGAAACGACUGGUAACUGGAGGCGAGGCCCGACCGGCAGUUUCGCAUUCUCAGGGUUGCGGUGGACAUUCCACGGCGGAGAUUGAAUCUUCCACUAUGGACUGCUGUGCUGUGGGCUGA